ACACGCGCCCCUCGAAUCGUGGGAUGGUGUGCGAAAGCCGUGAUCUUUCCUUCUCUAACAUUUGUCGAUCCAGACAUCGCACCAAACCCGGAACAUAACCUCUGUCCUAAUUAUCUUCAACUCGACUCCAUCUCUCUCUCUCUCUCUCUCAUACGCACACUAGAAGAUUCUUGGGUCGAGAUCUCAGUCUUCCUGUCCGUCCGUGUAAACUACUACACAACACAUUGCACCAGACCAAUGCCUGAACUGGGUUAACGGUUGCUGCAUGUUCAAGUCUUGCUGGAGUGAUUAGAUCCCGUGUGGUCGGAGAUCAUGAAGACCUUGUGCGUUGGCACUCUUGUUUCCACUGUCUAUCUGUUCUUGGCCCUUGAGUUCGCUGGUGGAUACUUGAUAGAUAGGGAUGUUGUUGCAAUUGAAGGCGAACCUUCUUCUUCCUCCUCUUCGUCUUCUGCUGCCACUUACAGUAAUGAUCUGAUCAAUGAAGUGAAGAAAGAGUGUUCGAUUACUUUGAAAUCUGCUUCUGAACUGAGAAUUGAAGAUAGCAGAGCUUUUAGUAUUAAGGAAGAGCUGUUUUUUGUGAAUGGGGAUUGGGAACAAGACGUGGGUGAUUCCCCAAUACUGCCAUUUGACGAUCACGAGCUCUCGAGCAACUCGUCGAGGGCUCCUUUGCGCUUGGUCUCGUUCUGGAUCACCGACGUCGAUCGGUCCCACCGGUCGAAGAAAUCGGUCUUCGUGAGCGGGCUCUUGACAAUGGGCAUAACCGUGGACGGCAUGUUUUCGGAGAAGCCCUAUGAGGGAAGCCAUCAGUUGGAGAUAUGGCCGGGCCAUACUCAGCUUUCGAUUUCGUUUCAAGGGGUUUACAGCGAAUCCAAUCAAAAUGGUGGAGAGAGAGUGCUGUGUCUUUUGGGGAACACCAUGUUGCCGUCGAGGGAAUCCGAUCAUGCUAAUCCAUGGCAAUGGGUGAAAAAUUUGAAUUACAACCAGACGCCUCUUUUGCAGGAUGACCGAAUUUUGCUUGUCCUCCGGUACCCUACGACAUUCAGUCUCACACACAGGGUGAUCCAAGGCAGAAUGACGAGCCUUAACCCAAAAUCUAAUGCUAAGCACUUUGAUGAAGUACAUAUUGCAUCGCAGUUGGGCAAGGCGGCUCAUUACGAGUUUGGUUCUGAAAAGAUUGUUGCUAAAUCCUGCAAUCCAUACCCCUACCAAGAUGGGUUUUUGAAUGGCAGCAUUGAAAUCUAUAAGGGUACUGGAUUCUGUAGGAUUCUCGAGGAAUCUAUAGGACAAGCUUUUACCGUUGUGCCGAACUGGAAAUGCAACUCUACUGAUGAUUUUUGUGGCAGGCUGGGUCCUUUUGCGGUGGAUGAGGAGAUUAGGGCUUCAGAUGGCAGUUUUAAGGAUGUCAAACUUUACAUUCAGGAUAUCAAGUGCGAACAAACUUCUGUACAAGAAACAUCCUCUGCGAGAGUUGCUGCUGUGUUCAGAGCUGUUUCUCCUUCGGAGAAUCAGUACACUGCAGAAAGAAGAUCCAGUCCGAGCAAUAUGACUCUCGCUGCCGAGGGAAUUUGGAAGUCUUCGAGUGGUCAGCUGUGCAUGGCUGGAUGUGUAGGGACCGGUGAUUCUGAAGGGAGCGAGUGUAAGUCUCGGAUUUGUCUGUAUAUUCCUACCUCAUUUUCCAUUAAGCAACGAAGCAUUGUGCUUGGGAGCUUCUUUAGCUUAAAGAAUGACAACAUAUCCUUCUUCCCUUUGGCAUUUGAGAAGGUAGUGCAGCCUACGGAGUUAUGGAAUUAUUUCAAGACGGCUAAUCCAUACUAUAGUUACUCGAAAAUCGAUUUGGCUGGUGUUAUCCUUGAAAAGAAUGAACCUUUCAGUUUCAGGUCCGUGAUAAAGAAGUCGCUGUUGCAAUUCCCCAAACUAGAAGAUGCGGAAUCAUACCUAGUCAGUCUCUCUGUUCUAUCAGAAGAUCUCACUCUUCAUGUGUCUGCGCAUCCUGAUCCAUUCCCUAAAUCAAGAUCUCCGAGAGUCGACCUGCAGAUGGAGAUUCUCUCUCUGGGUUCGUUGUUUGGACGCUAUUGGUCUUCACAGAACAGUUCUUCCACAGAAGACAAGGUCCCUUACCGCACUAAGGCAGUAUACACUGAAAGGCAGCUCCUUGUAAAUGUUUCAGCCCAACUUUCUUUUCCAGGAAAGGCUUACAGCAAUUUUUCAGUGAUAUUUUUAGAGGGACUAUAUGACCUGCAUGUCGGGAAGAUGUAUCUUGUUGGUUGCAGAGAUAUCCGUGCCUCAUGGAAAAUAUUAUUUGAAAGUAUGGAUCUCGAAGCUGGGUUAGACUGCUUGAUCGAGGUAGUCAUUUCGUACCCUCCCACCACAGAUCGGUGGCUUGUUGAUCCCACUGCCAAAAUUUCCAUUAGCAGCCAAAGAAAUGAAGAUGAUCCUCUCCAUUUUGAUUCCAUCAAGCUUGAGACCUUCCCGAUAUUGUAUAGGCAACAAAGAGAGGACAUUCUCUCUCGCAGAGGUAUUGAGGGGAUCCUUCGGGUACUGACACUUUCUCUGGCCAUUUCUUGCAUUUUGAGCCAACUCUUCUACAUCGACCAUAAUGUGGACUCUGUAGCUUAUGUCUCGUUGGUUAUGCUUGGUGUACAAGCCGUGGGGUAUAGCCUUCCUUUGAUUACUGGAGCGGAAGCCGUUUUCAAGAGAGCAGCAUCAAAAUCCACGGAAGUUUCUACCUACAAUCUGGAAAGAAGCCAGUGGAUUCAUGUGAUCGAUUAUGCCGUAAAGCUUCUGGUGAUGGUUUCAUUUUUGCUUACUUUGAGACUUCUUCAGAAGGUAUGGAAAUCUCGGAUCAGGCUACUCAUGAGGGCUCCACUGGAACCAUAUCGAGUCCCAAGUGAUAAAAAAGUGCUGCUUACUACCUUGUCCAUACACCUAAUAGGUUACCUUAUAGUUUUGAUAAUUCAUUCUGUAAAAACUAGCCAGGCAUCGCUUCAGACGCAUGUAUACUAUGAUUCUGCUGGCAAUUCGGACACAUCUCCAGUGUGGGAAACCAAAUUGGAAGAGUACGUUGGCCUCGCUCACGACUUUUUCCUUCUCCCUCAAGUUAUUGGCAACUUCUUAUGGCAGAUUGAUAGUCAUCCUCUCAGAAAGCUAUAUUAUGUCGGGAUCACUAUAGUUAGACUCCUCCCUCAUCUAUAUGAUUACACGAGAUCCCCCUCUCCCAAUCCAUACUUUGUGGAUGAAUACGAGUUUGUCAAUCCUAAUUGGGAUUUUUACUCCAAGUUUGGAGAUGUUGCCAUACCUUUGAGUGCUGUUCUACUAGCAAUUGUAGUCUAUAUUCAGCAGAGGUGGGGCUAUGAGAAGCUCAGCCAGAGUCUUAGAUUGGGGCAAUGUAAGCUGCUUCCGUCGAGUUCGAAAGCCUAUGAGAGGUUGCCAUCCAAUCCAACCGAGGCAGAGCUUGUAUCUGGUGUAAAUGGGACUUCCAGGCAUGACAAAGAGAAUGAAGAUGAAGAUUAAAUGGAGACACUUUAGGAAUAAGUAACAAUAGAUGUAAAGUUAGAGAUAACUUUCUCUUCUUUGAAUGGAUAUACUUUUCAUGUCUGAUACCGGCUUUUGAUGGUGUGGGUUUAAAGUGGUUCUUUUUCAAGUAAA